CUUCUGCAACAAGUCAUUGACAACCGCACUGAUAUCUCAAUUGAAAGGCCACUUGCCCGCAUGGUGGUGUGUGGUCCUCCUGGUUCACCCGUCCAUACUCUGUUGGCAUCCAACCUGAGUUGGGUUGCCAGUGACCUGCUGACCUCUGAUGUCUGCCAACCAGACUCAACUCUUUUUAAGUGUGAGACAAAUGAGACGCUCGCUGUUCUUCUGAAUGACAGUUGCCCUCCGGAGCCUCCCACCACCAAGCAAAGCACAACUCAACCUUCCACUCUGACCAACAACAUAACUACAACUUCUGAAGCCUUACGACCAUCUGUCACCAGCACAACCCAACAAACUACCACGACAACUGAAGAUAGCACAACAGUUCAACAGAAAAAUGCAUCACAACAAGCAGCUCAGUCUAACAUGACAAAUUCACUCACAACAAUCAACAGUACACAAUCCUGGACAGCACAACCUGUCAUUGCAACAACCACACAAAACAAAACUGUGACCGUCUCUGACAGUACAACUUCACCCAACACUGAAUCACAACAAAAGACAACACAAUUCAUAACGUUACCCUCUGUCAACUCAACACGACCCAACACCACAACUUCUGCCAACCACCUCAUGACUCAAAACACAACAACUGUUCUGACUGAUUCAGCAAUCGACACAACUACACUGUCUCACAAUCACACACCAGUGUACAAUGUAACUACAACUAACACAGUUACACUUUCUUCAAAUAACACAGCAGUUUAUAACGCAACUACAGCUGAAGUACGCACACUUUCGCCCAAUCACACAACACAGUACACUGUCACUACAGCUGGCAGCUUUGGAAAACAACACAACCGUACAGUUACAACGACAAACACAACAGUUAGCCCAUUUACACCUUCUCCCAAUUACACAAUAGUGUACAAUGGAAAUACAGCCACCAACAAUCACACUAUGGUCUCUAACAAUUACACAACAGUGUACAACAUAACUGCAGCCACCAGCAAUUACACAACAACCUCUAACAAUUACACAACAGCCUCUAACAACUUUACAACAGCCUUUAACAAUAACACAACAGAGUACAAUGUAAGUGCAGCUGCCAACAAUUACACAACAACCUCUAGCAAUUACACAACAGCCUCUAACAAUAGCACAACAGAGUAUAAUGUAAUUACUGCUGCCAACGAUUCCACAACAGCCUCUAAGAAUCAUACAACUACCUCUAACAAUUACACGACAGUCACCGACAAUUACACAACAGCCACCAACAAUUACACAACAACCUCUAAAAACUACACAACAGAGUACAGUGUAACUGCUGCUGCCAACAACUACACAAUAACCUUGAGCAAUUACACAACAGCCUUUAACAAUAGCACAACACAGUACAAUGUAACUAUAGCCGCCAACAAUCACACAACCUACUCUAACAAUUACACAACAGAGUACAGUGUAAAUGAAGCUGCCAACAAUUACACAACAGCCUCUAACAAUAACACAAGACAGUACAAUGUAACUACAGUGGCCAACAACUACACAACAGCCUCUAACAACUACACAAAAGAGUACAAUUUAACUACAGCCUCUAACAACUACACAUCAGCCUCUAACAAUUACACACUAGGGUACAAUGUAACUACAGUCACUAGCAAUUACACAACAGCCUCUAAAAAUUACACAACUGCAACUAACAAUUAUACAACCUUGAGCAAUUACACAGCAUCCUCUAACAACUACACAACAGAGUACAAUGUAACUGUGGCUGGUAACAGUUACACAACAGUGUCUAACAGCAACACAACAGCCUCUAACAAUCACACAAUCACGUCUUACAAUUAUACAACAGCCUCUAACAAUUACACAACAGAGUACAAUGUAACUACAAAUGCCAGCAAUUACACAACAAACUCUAACAACUACACAACAGAAUACAAUUUAACUACAGCCACCAACAAUUACACAGCGGUUUCUAACAAUCACACAACGGCCUCUAACAAUUACACACAAGAUUACAAUGUAACUGCAGCUACCAGCAAUUACACAAGAGCCUCUAACAAUCACACAACUGCCCCUAACAAUUACACAACAGAGUACAAUGUAACUACAUUGGGCAACAAUUACACAACAACCUUGAGCAAUUACACAGCAGCCUCUAACAACUACACAACAGAGUACAAUGUAACUGCGGCUGCCAACAGUUACACAACAGUGUCUAACAAUUACACAACAGCCUCUAGCAGCAACAUAACAACCUCUGACAAUAACACAGCAGAGUACAAUGUAACUACAGCUGCCAACAAUUACACAACAGUGUCUAACAGAAACACAGCAGCCUCUAACAAUCACACAAUCACAUCUUACAAUUAUACAACAGCUCCUAACAAUAACACAGCAGAGUACAAUGUAACUGCCAACAAUUACACAAAAGCUUCUAACAAUUAUACAGUGGGGUACAGUGUAACCGCAGCCACCACAAAUUACACAACAUCCUCUAACAACUACACAACAGAGUACAAUUUAACUGCAGCCACCAACAAUUACACAGCUGUUUCUAACAAUCACACAACUGCCUCUAACAAUUACACAACAACCUCUAACAAUCACACAACUGCCACUAACAAUCACACAACAGCCUCUAACAACUACACAACAGAGUACAAUGUAACUGCGGCUGUCAACAGUUACACAACAGCCUCUAACAAUCACACAACUGCCUCUAACAAUUACACAACAACCUCUAACAAUCACACAACUGCCACUAACAAUCACACAACAGCCUCUAACAACUACACAACAGAGUACAAUGUAACUGCGGCUGUCAACAGUUACACAACAGCCUCUAACAAUCACACAACUGCCUCUAACAAUUACACAACAACCUCUAACAAUCACACAACUGCCACUAACAAUCACACAACAGCCUCUAACAACUACACAACAGCCUCUAACAAUCACACAACAGCCUCUAUCAAUCACACAACAGCCUCUAACAAUUACACAGUAGGUUACAAUGUAACUGCAGCCACCAGCAAUUACACAACAGCCUCUAACAAUCACACAACAGCCUCUAACAAUUACACAGUAGAUUACAAUGUAACUGCAGCCACCAGCAAUUACACAACAGCCUCUAACAAUCACACAAUGCCCUCUCACAAUUACACAGUAGGGUACAAUGUCACUACAGCCACCAACAAUUACACAGCGGUUUCUAACAAUCACACAACUGUAUCCAACAAUUACACAAUGACCUCUAACAGUUACACAACAGCCUCUAACAAUCACACAACGGCCUCUAACAAUUACACAACAGCCUCUAACAAUUACACAACUGCCUCUAACAAUCACACAACUGUCUCUAACAACUACACAACAGAGUACAAUUUAACUGCAGCCACCAACAAUUACACAGCGGUUUCUAACAAUCACACAACGGCCUCUAACAAUUACACAACAGCCUCUAACAAUUACACAACUGCCUCUAACAAUCACACAACUGCCGCUAACAAUUACACAACAGCCUCUAACAAUUACACAACAACCUCUAACAAUUACACAAGAGCCUCUAACAAUCACACAACCGCUUUGAACAAUUACACAGUCGGGUACAAUGUAACUACAGCCACCAACAAUUACACAGCAGCCUCUAAGAAUCACACAACAGCCUCCAACAAUUACACAGUAGGGUACAGUGUAACUACAACCACUAGAAAUUACACAACUGUGUCUGCUGCUGCUUCACAAGUUAAUGAAACUCUAAACAAUACAACAAUGUCCACAAGAAACUUGACUGUGGACAAUAUUACUUCUGUUGUCAACAACACCACCAAACCCACAGCAGCUCCGGUGCAGAACCAGACUACAAAUCACAGCACAGUGAGCGUGACCCACAGCAUCACGACAUCCAACAAAAAUGACACCAGCUCCAUCACACCUGGUCCCAUGAUUAAUCACAACGCAACCGUGGGAAUCAGCUUCAACCCGAGCUCAACUGUGAACAGUUCAACCACUGAUUUCAAAUCAACAACGAAAGAACCAGGAGUUAAUUUAACGACCACAGCAGCUAAUUCUUCUCUUGAGCACAUAGCCACAACUUCAACCACAACCACCACUACUGCUACAACCACACGUGGCCCACUUCCACCCCAGAUUAACAACACUACUGCUGGGGCGCCUUCAGCUUCUACAACAACUCUCCAAACCACCACCCUCACCAGUACAACCACAGCAGUGACUGGUACAGAAAUUACGUCCAGAACUACGAUAGAGACAACAAGAAGCCAAAACUCACAGGAGCAAGCAAAUGAGCUGCUGAAUCAAACACAGGAUACUUCCCAGCUCAACUCCUCUCAGGUGGUGCAGUUGGUGGGGAAGCUGGAGAAUCUUCUGGAUGGCCCCAAUGUCUCUAAGGAAGUGGGACAAAUAGCCAUCAACAUCGUCAGCAACCUGAUGGCGGGUAGCUCAGAGUCUCUCUCUGCAUCUGCUAAUAGGCUGAUCCGAUUAGUGGAUAAUCUGGGUCUUAAGCUGGAUGUCAGUGGUGACAGUGAGAUCCUCUCUUCAAGUUCGUUGGUUCUGGCAGUCAGGAAAGUGGAUGGGACAAACUUUCCCGCAACAUCUGUUGACAUCUUCAACACUGAUAAUGUCCAGCUCCGUGCUCUCAGUAGAUCCCGGUCCAAGAGGUCAAGUUCUGCUCUGGGGUCAGUGUUCCUGCCCUCCAACAUCACCGCGGGUCUGAGUCCUGAGCAGCAACUAGAGGCCAGCAGGGUCCAGUUCACUUUCUACACCAAAAGUGCCUUAUUCCAGGAUGAAGCAUUAGAUAACAACACCCUUGUCAGUCCAGUUCUGGGCUCCAGUGUUGCCAAUUUGUCAAUAAGCAACUUGACUGAUAACAUUCAGUUUACCAUCCGAAACAUCAACCCCCUACGUGGACAUGUGGCCUCCUGUGCAUUUUGGGACUUCACUAUGAAUGGUGGUAGAGGAGGCUGGAGCUCAGCCGGCUGCUUCAUUGUCAAUGCCACACCGGAGGAAACAAUCUGCAGCUGCAACCACCUCACUUCAUUUGCAAUACUGCUGGAUUUGUCCAGAGAAGGAUUAACUGACCGAAAGCAGGCACAGAUUCUAACUUUCAUCACCUACAUCGGCUGUGGAAUCUCUGCUGUGUUUCUUGCCGUCACCUUACUAACAUACCUUUCAUUUGAAAAACUGCUGCGAGAUAUUCCUGCCAAGAUCCUGGUCCAGCUCUGCACGUCCCUCCUCUUCCUCAACCUGGUCUUCUUACUGGAUGGCUGGCUGGCGCUCUACCCGGCGAUCGGGCUGUGUAUUAGCACUGCUUUCUUCCUGCACUACUUCCUCCUGACAUCAUUCACCUGGGCUGGACUGGAGGCUCUGCACAUGUACCUGAGCAUUGUCCAGGUGUUCACUCCUUACCUGAGCAGAUACAUGCUCAAGUUCUCACUGAUGGGCUGGGGUAUUCCUCUUCUUGUGGUGAUCAUUGUAAUAUCAGUAAACGAAAACAACUAUGGUCUGGUUACAUAUGGAAAAUACACAGAUGGCACUUCAGAUGACUUCUGUUGGCUGAGUAAUGACAUUGCCUUCUAUGUGGGCGUGGUGGCCUACUUCAUCCUGAUCUUUGCUCUGUGCCUGCUGGUCUUCAUCGUCGUAAUGGUCCAGCUGGCCCGGAUCAAGAGGCAGAACCCUCAGAACCAGUCUCCUAACAGGGGAGUGAUGACUGACCUGCGCAGCAGCACUGGCCUAAUCGUCCUGCUUGGCCUCACGUGGGGGUUCGCUCUGUUUGCCUGGGGACCCCUCUACUUACCCUUUGUUUACCUUUUUUCCAUAUUCAACUCGCUGCAAGGUUUCCUUGUCUUUGUUUUCCACUGUGCUGUAAAGGAGAAUGUCCGCAAGCAGUGGAGGACUUAUCUCUGCUGUGGGAGACUGCGAUUGGCUGAAAACUCAGAAUGGAGUCGGACGGCCACCCAGAACAAUAGAAAUCUGUCUGUCACCACGGCAACCACCUCAGCUCCCCACUUCACCUCUCGAAGCUCCUCUGUCAGCGAUGGCACCAAUAGCAGUGGCUCUGUGUUUGCGGACAGCGGAAUAUCUGACGGCUCCAACAGUGACGUUGUCCUCAACGAGCUCCACAGACGAAAUCUGUCACUGCAAGGCGAGGCCUGAAAACUGUGUCAAAAGAUUUCAUUUGUGAUGACGGCAUUUAUCUGCUCCGAGAGAGCCGUGAGGGCAGACAGAGAUUAGGGAUCUCCUGCAGAUUCUGUAAACAAAAAACAGUAAUCACAGGAGCGGAUCCUCACGGGGUUCGAAGAAAACGUCAGUGUUAGGCAAGAUGAAGGUCUCAAAAGGUGUAAUGAAGGACAGAAGACGUCCAAGGAGAGGUUAGACUGAAUUUACUGAAGUGAAAAAAAAGUUACUUGACUCUAUUUCUACAUUGACAGUAGAAUAUAUGAAAACAGAAAUGAUGUAAGAGGCUUGUUAGAGGCAGUAAGUGCAACAGUAGGUGUGUGUGUGACUGAAAAUCUGAAUUAUUUCACUGUUACAGCUGUGACUCAGUGUUUCUGCAGACUGUAUAGCUUCUUUCAAAGCUCUUGGAAUUAUUACUGUACACAUGAAGUAUAUUAACAUUAUUUUCAGUUGGAAAGAAAGGUCACGGCAUGUUAAUGAUACAAAAUUGCAUUGAACAGAUGCUGUCAACAUUGCAUAGAUUAUUUUGAGGCUAUUUUUCUUUCUUUUAGUAUAAUUUUCUUCUUUAUGAACAUAAAUGGAAAAAAGGUAUUUCCAGUGUUUUGCAAUGCUCCAUGGACUGUUUUUUCAGACUUUAUGCCCCAUGAAUGAGGGGUGUCAAGAGGCACUUUGGGAAGGAUUCCCUACCUUUAAUAGAGGCCAGAUGGAUUGAAGGAGAAUGAUUAAGUGAACACAUUUCGAUCUCAUCUGUCUUUAGAGGGGCAUAGAGGGUUUAUUCCUCCUUUAAUGUGAGAUACUGCUUUAUGUUGCUUCCGUACAGUGCUUAUGUUAGACUCAUGAGAUGUUAGAUUGUUCAUUUACUAUGUAUUAGAUAUUUUUUGAGCAAAAAAGGGACAUGAAAUAUGCAGCAUACUAAUGAAGAGGAUUUAUUUCCUGUCCUUCUUAGAAAGGACACAUUUUACUAAAUGUCCUUGCAGGAGAACAUGUGCCUGCCAUGAAAGAGAAAAUAAUGAACCGUCAAAUUAUAACCUGUCCACUUUGUCUUUUUUUUUGAGUCAGAGAGUUUCACAUCUACAUGACAUCUUUACAUCUAUAAUCAAACCUGUGAAACAGGAAAAACCACCAAUUACAAUCCCAGCAGACUCCCCUGUCAUCGCAGUGUUGUGUAACCUUCAGCAGAGCAUCUCGUGACCAGCCAGCACCGGGUCAA